AUUCACCAUGUUGAAUUUUAUCGCAUUGAACAUUGACCCGACCUCGUCUCUCUCCCAUCUCCCAAGUCCCCAAGUCCACCUCGUGCUUCUUCUUACAUUGAAAAUGUCACCUCUUCAAAUUAUCUAAAUUCUCUCUCUCUCCUUCUUCACACAUAUAUAAUCCUCCUUACAUUUCACUCUCUUCUUCCUCCAUUACCAUAUCUACUUUCUCUCUCCUCAAAAUGGGUAACUGUAAUGGCUUACCUUCCACUCUCUCUCAACUCCGCUCUUACGACAACAACAACAACGACUCUCUCUCCUCUCCACCACCACCACAACCACUACCACCGCAACAACCACCACAACAACCACCGCAAAAACAACCACAACAUCAUUCUCUCUCCUCCAAUAUCGGCAGAGUUCUAGGUCGUCCAAUGGAAGAUGUUCGUGAAUCCUACAUUUUUGGCCGGGAAUUAGGUCGUGGACAAUUCGGUAUAACUUACUUAGUUACUCAUAAACAAACUAAACUCAACUUCGCUUGUAAAUCGAUUGCUACUCGUAAACUUAUUAAUCAAGAUGAUAUUGAUGAUGUUCGUCGUGAAGUUCAGAUUAUGCAUCAUCUUACUGGUAAUAGUAACAUUGUUGAAUUAAAAAGUGCGUUUGAAGAUCGUCAUUCGGUUAAUUUGAUUAUGGAGUUGUGUGCUGGUGGUGAGCUUUUUGAUCGGAUUAUUGCUAAAGGUCAUUAUUCUGAACGUCAAGCUGCUAAAUUGUUUAGACAGAUUGUUACUGUUGUUUAUAAUUGUCAUUCUAUGGGAGUUAUGCAUAGAGAUCUUAAACCGGAGAAUUUCUUGUUGUUGAGUUCUGCUGAUGAUUCGCCAUUGAAAGCUACUGAUUUUGGACUUUCUGUAUUCAUUAAACCAGGAGAAGUCUUCAGAGAUCUUGUUGGAAGUGCAUAUUAUGUAGCUCCAGAGGUUUUACGUCGUAGUUAUAGGGCUGAGGCUGAUGUUUGGAGUGCUGGAGUGAUAUUGUACAUCCUUCUUAGUGGAGUUCCGCCAUUUUGGGGAGAGAACGAGCAGGGUAUUUUUGAUUCUAUUCUGCGAGGUAAUAUUGAUUUCACAUCGGAUCCAUGGCCUUCAAUAUCCAACAGUGCGAAAGAUCUUGUUAAAAAGAUGUUGCGACAGGAUCCUGCAGAAAGGUUUUCUGCUCUUGAUGCUUUAAAUCAUCCAUGGAUGAGAGAAGAUGGAGAGGCUCCUGAUAAACCAAUUGAUAUUGCUGUUUUAAGUAGAAUGAAGCAGUUCAGGGCGAUGAACAAACUGAAGAAAGUAGCUUUAAGGGUAAUUGCUGAGAACCUUUCUGAAGAAGAAAUUAUGGGUUUGAAGGAGAUGUUUAAAUCUAUGGAUACAGACAACAGUGGAACUAUUACCUUUGAAGAGUUAAAGGCCGGCCUUCCAAAACUGGGAACCAAGCUUUCUGAGUCUGAAGUCAGACAGUUGAUGGAAGCGGCUGAUGUGGAUGGUAAUGGGACCAUUGAUUACAUGGAGUUUAUCACAGCCACAAUGCAUAUGAAUAGGAUGGAGAAGGAGGACCAUCUAUACAAGGCCUUUGAAUAUUUUGAUGAGGACAAGAGCGGGUACAUUACCACGGAGGAAUUGGAGCAAGCCUUGAAAAAGUAUAAUAUGGGUGAUGAGAAAACAAUACGGGAGAUAAUAGCAGAAGUUGACACUGAUAACGAUGGUAGAAUAAAUUAUGAUGAAUUUGCAGCUAUGAUGAAGAAAGGCAACCCUGAUUUGGUUUCAAACAGACGGAGGCGAUGAUUUAUUAGACGUAACAUGAUGAUUUGUCUUGUUUGUCUUCCUGUGAAGCUCUUCUAUACCAGCUUCAAUAUUUAAAAUUUGUGCAGCUAUGCCGUUUGGAGUAGAGCAGAACUGAAUCGUCAUUCCAUUUUUGCAUCCAGUGUGGCAAAAUUAUUAUGUAAGAUCCUGUGUAUAUGUAUUCUGAGUUUGUGCAGUUUGUCCAGUUCAUCCAAAUAUAUCCUUAUGUUCUAGCUUCAAAUCCUCUGGUGAUUUGAAUACCUUUUCGCUGUAAAUUAGAUGUAUCAGUGGCUUAUAUAUACAUCUGAUAUGGGGUUAUAUAUCUUCUCAAAUUGUUUUUUUGGCA